GACCUAUGUAUUAUUGCUGUCUGUUACAUUUCCCAGUCGUGGCAGUGGAACGUGAACGGUGCUAAUAUAUCCAGAGUGGAAAAGUCGAGUAUUAAGCGUUCAUUUACUCAUUUUCUGAAAUGGUCUGCUCAACGCAGCAUGUUUACAAAUGGCUGGUUAACGUUUAACGUCUGAUAAGUUCUAAACUGCGCUGUGCGUUAAAUUCCUAACGGUGAGCUAUCGUACGACUACCACCGGUAGCCAGGAAACUGGUUGGAUUUGACACUUGUAUCCGUCCGUGACUGUCACCGAGAAGGCACCUUACCUAUUCGUCUGCUGCAAGGUGCAGGCUGACUAAUCCACUGGAGACCACCUUUUUGGGAGGUAGACGAGGACCGAGCAGUGGAGCACGUCUGAGGCUUUCAGACCCAGGGCUAGCCGAGCUAGUGAGUUGCUGCCAAAAAAAAGCACGGAGAGAGCCUGAAAACAGUUUGCCUGGGUGGCAGCAUCACAUCUGGAAAAUGGCCCACCUGGGAGGCAGUCAAAACCAGAAGGCUGCAUGCUUGGGGGUCAGUCACUUACAUUAAACAGCACAGCGGCAAGCCUGAAUGGUUUGGGGACCCUGACAGCAGUGCGCUGCCUUAGGGGCUGAGAGGGACUGAAAGGGGAGCCUAUUAUCAGCCGAUAAUAGCCCGCCAGGUGGCAAAGGUUGUAAGAAGAACAGUAAGACCCAGCAGAGCGAGGGUGAGAAGAACAAUCCACAGGUUUCAGCUGGGUCUCCUCUUCUCAGCACAUCACGUGCUAGCCUCUAGAACCAGGGGCGGGCCUGCCCCGCCGAUGUUCCACACAACCAUCUCCGGGGAACGCUUCACCGCUGCCGUCCAUCGAUGGCCGUCGUUUGACGGGGCCAACUGCGAAUGCUGAGCAGGCUAGUGAGGUUGGGGCCCGCCCUCAGUCUCCGCUCAUUGGCUGCUGGAUGGAAUUAAGGUGAAUGGAGCCCAUUUCCAACGUCGAGGACCCCAACUCAUCAGAGGGAGAUGAGAAACGGUGGCCUGAUGGCCCAAAAAGGAAGAGAAAGAACAGCACAUGUUCGGUGAAGAGCAUGUCUGCACUGAGCCUCUCUGUCCAAGGAUACAUCCCCAGCUACUUGGAGAAGGAUGAGCCGUGUGUGGUAUGUGGAGACAAGGCCACCGGCUACCAUUACCGCUGCAUCACCUGUGAGGGCUGCAAGGGUUUCUUCAGGCGCACCAUCCAGAAGAACCUUCAUCCGGCUUACUCCUGUAAGUACGAUGGCUGCUGUAUCAUCGACAAGAUCACAAGGAACCAGUGCCAACUGUGUCGCUUCAGGAAGUGCAUCGCAGUUGGCAUGGCCAUGGACUUGGUGCUGGACGACUCUAAGCGGGUUGCCAAGCGGCGUCUGAUUGAGGAGAACCGGGAGAAGAGGAAGAAAGACGAGAUUGUGAAGACAUUGCAGACCCGUCCGGAGCCCGACAGCUCGGAGUGGGAGCUGAUUCGCCAUGUGACAGAGGCCCACCGCCACACCAACGCGCAGGGCUCCCACUGGAAACAGAAACGCAAGUUCCUGCCUGAGGAUAUAGGUCAGUCCCCCGGGGUUCCCACCCCAGACGGAGACAAGGUAGACCUGGAGGCCUUCAGCGAGUUCACCAAGAUCAUCACCCCUGCCAUCACACGCGUCGUCGACUUUGCCAAAAAACUACCCAUGUUCUCAGAGCUGCCUUGUGAGGACCAGAUCAUCCUAUUGAAAGGAUGCUGUAUGGAGAUCAUGUCCCUGCGUGCCGCCGUGCGCUAUGACCCAGAGAGCGAGACGCUUACCCUGAGCGGCGAGAUGGCGGUGAAGAGGGAGCAGCUGAAGAAUGGCGGGCUGGGCGUGGUGUCGGACGCCAUCUUUGAUUUGGGCAAGAGUCUGGCACAGUUUAACCUGGACGACUCUGAGGUGGCCCUGCUGCAGGCUGUGCUCCUCAUGAGCUCAGAUCGCUCGGGCCUGACGUCAGUAGAUAAGAUCGAGAAGUGCCAGGAGACGUACCUGCUUGCCUUCGAGCACUACAUCAACCACCGCAAGCACAACAUUCCCCACUUCUGGCCCAAGUUGCUGAUGAAGGUGACGGACCUGAGGAUGAUCGGGGCGUGCCACGCCAGCCGCUUCCUCCACAUGAAGGUGGAGUGUCCCAACGAGCUCUUCCCUCCGCUCUUCCUGGAGGUCUUCGAGGACCAGGAAGUAUGAACUGACUUCUGACCUGGAAGAGAUGGAAGAGAGAGGGGGGAAUUAUUAGGGGUAAAGAAAAGGGGUAAAGAAAUUGGCCGCUUUCUUUGUUUUGUGAAACACAAUAUCACCACCACCAGCAACACGGAUAGUCACCAAGAAAAAGGUCUCAGAAAACCAAAGGCUUUCUUUUGCGUAGCCGUUUUGAUGAUACGUUUCUGGCCGCACUCGGGGCUCUUGUGGCUGCUGGGCCCCACUUUGAGUUGGGGUGUGGGGCCCCCCUCUAAAGUGUGGUUCUCUGACUGCGCUGUGCAUCUAUCUAACAGAGAGGCUAGCAGCCCUGAGCGGUGUUCUGCUCCUGUGUUGUUAUACACCAGGUGCACAUGUAUGCAAACCCAAACCCCCGAGGUCUGGUUGGGGUAGCGGUACUGGUGGGGAGCUCUGUUAGUGGAAGGCAAUCGCUCUGAGAGGCAGACAAACAUAUACACGCGUACAUUCACAGACAAUCACUUUACAAAAUCAAACCUCACACAUAAAGCCACUGAUGUACAACUACAUUCACCUAACACACACACUGCUAUAGACACACAUAUUCAUACGUGGGACUGACGUAGCUUUUCAGAGCCGCCCGUCACUCGAGCAGGUCAGAUAGCUGCUGUAUUUUGUCCCACAAUCGAGCUUCCAUCAGAGCCUCCACCCUCCAACCUGCUCCCCUCUUCGGCCUCCUCACCGUCCUCCACUGGGACAGUCACCAAGUCUUCCCCCACACUUCACCUUCCACCCCCUGAGGUGCAGCCCAAACUCCUCCUAGCCAAGGCGAGUACUUGUGAACCUACCUCCCUGUACCUUACGUACCCCCCUUACACAGAGUGACACAUAAACCUCUCUUUAUGACAAUGGAUCCAAUUUGUUGUGCAAAGGUGCAAGUGUACCAUCAUGUAUAUUACACAACCCUUUACCCUCAUACAUACAAGUACUGUAUACCUAUCUUACUGCAUGUAUACAGUACACCGGUCUACCUGCAUGCACAUAUACCUCUGUACCUGCAUUAUAUACCCACUGGUUUACCUCCAUGUACUCCUCAUCCUAUACAUACUUGUCUACCUGAAUACAGCCAUACCUCUUUAACCAUAUAUAUAUGGGGAUAUAUACAGUAAACAUAACCUUCUGCCUGUGUAUAUGGGUACCUCUCAUCUAUACAUACCUCUCUCUGUGUGUACACACACAAAAUAAUAGUUUGCUGUUCUUUUACCUCAUAUGACAGUCGAGGUGAGUUGAUCCUCACCUAGGUUGUGUCAUGCCACCUGUCCCAAACCUCUACCUGUCCCAAACCUCCACUACAUCUCCUGUUUGGAUUGCACUGCACUUCCUGGUUGCAGACUGUGUGUGUCUCCUAUGUUGCCCUGCCCAUCACACAGGACUCCCGCCCCCUCUGAUGUGGGAUUGGUUGAGGGACGGCGACGGGUGUCACUUACCUCGCCGGUGGUUACACCACAGGCCCCACCUCCAAACUGACAGAUUCUACCUCGCCUCUCAUGUCAGUGUAGAUGCCCCUCUGAGUGCAAAACACACAUACUUCCACAGUUGCCAAUAUGGACCUGUUUGGUCCCCCUGCUACCCUGUUCAGUAAGACCCCAUGAAAUGGGAGUAAUCUGCAGAUCAACAUGCACAGCAGUCUUUAUCUUUUACACUUUUCAUUUUGAAGUAUUUUUACCACACAAGACCCAAGUCUCAUAAUGGAUUCCCCCAUCUAUCUAUGUUCAAGACAAACAACAAACCCACUGGCGGGAAUACAGAUUCUGUGUCUGACAAACUCCGAGGAAACUUUCUUUCUUUGGAAAAGACAGACCGUACACCUUGGAAGCCAACUGAGCUCGAUGGAUGGGCCAAAGCGUUGUUAUUGUAGACGUUGUUAUCGUUGUGAUUGUGGUAAACAAACCUACUCUAAUCUCUAACUCAAUUCAGUAGUAUUCACCUGUGGAUGGAUACCCUUGGUUCUCAAUGUGGCAGGUCCAGAGACGAGACAAGAAUGAGUGGCCCAGCCAAUGCAACCUGCCAUAUAAUGUACUUUUUACAGCACCGUUCACAGUAGCAACCCUCGUUCUCCUAAAGUAUGGAAAAAGGCCCCAGAGAGCCACAAAGCCUUUGAGAUGAUUCUCUGACUGUCCUCUCCACACAUCCAAUCCUACACCCAGCCAGCUCUGCGCUUUCUCUACAUGUCCCCCUCCUCUCCUUCAAAGCCAUUGACAGUUGUUUGUUUUGCACUAAAGGGAUGUCUACCCCUGUAUUUUCCCUAUAUAUGCGCCGUGUUGCGAUUACAAUCCAGAUCACCACCGCUCCUAAUACAAUACCUCCCCUCUCCUGCGGUCUUACCCUAAUCCCUAGCUUCAGCCCGGUGCCUAACAUUCUGUCACAACACACACACACACACACACACACACUCUCAGUAUUACCACAAGGGGAUUUAAAGGAACCUAGAAGCUCUUAACUGUAUGGAAAAUAGGAUGUUAUUCAAACACGUGCACGGCGAUUGAAAAAGAGAUGCCGACCUCAAUGUGACUUUCCUACUUAAAUAAAGGAUGCAUAAAAAUAAAAACAAUAUGCAGCAUAAUGAUAAUCAACUCUUUGAUUUCACUGUGAACGAGCCAGGCUUUGACCAGAUGGUUGGUUUGGAUAAGGUGUAGAAGGGGUUGGCUUUUUAGCUGUGAACGACAUGGAAAUGUUCCCCAGAGGGGUCGUGAUUAACAACAUGUCGAAGAAGGGAGCUUUCCCACACAGCCAGUGGUCGCUAGACUACUGACAAUCUCACACAGAAUCAGACUCACCAGCAUCGAAGAGCACACUGCCUUCAGACACCAUAAAUCGCACCAGCACAGCAGAUAGAUCCUCAGGCUUUCGCUAGCCAUCCUCGUGUCAGGACAGUGUGGAUACAAUCAACCGACCAAAUGUUAGCUUAGGUAUGUCCUUCCACGCUACCCCCACACCUCCCAUUCUCCACCUUAACUAACCACACUACUAAACCAGGGAUAUCAUGUACAUUCUGGAACUCAACACAUCUCUACCCUGACACCCAUUCACCUCUUUAAAUGGAGAAUCUCCAUCGAACAUGCUUCUUAGUCCAGGAUUAGACUUAAUCUGGGUCCAGGAAAUUAUCCCCAAUCUCCCCCUCCCCAUUAUGCCAAUCUCAUGCUUUGCCCUCACUCGCUUUAACCUCCCCAUAACCCCUUCCUCCCCACAACAUGGUUGUCUCGCUCCCCUCUGAAUAUCCAAUCGAACCCCAACCAAAAGUAGCACUUUGAGAACUUGGAGAGGAACGGAAAGCCCAGGUACAUGGAUGAUAUGUCGUUGUGAGGAUUGUAAAAAAAUAUAUAAAAAAAGACUAAAUGAAAUGGAGAAGUCCCAGACUGAAAAUGUUGUGCACUAAUAAGUGUCGUUCUGCAUAUUUGUGAUGUCAUACUUCUGGGUUGAAAUGCUGUUUGUCUGACAGAUUGGUCUCAAUAAAGAUUUUUGUUUGUUUAGAAAGAGACUCAGGACUGAAAGCCCAGAAACGGAGGGAAAGAAAAGACAACUUGGAUAAAUGUUUUUUUGUUUUUGAAAAUAAUUAUUGUUUGUUUAGCAUUUGAUUUAAUUUCUAAGUUAAUGUCUGUGUUGUGGGCGCUUGACUGAUAUGAUGCUUUACUGUGUAAAUCAAACAGCUGUAGACACUUUCUGAACAUCUGUGCAGUGUCGGGGCUGCGUCCCAAAUGACCCCCUAUUUCUGACGCAGACUAGGUCUUCGUGAAACGUCACUUUGAUCUCAGCUGGUUUGUACUGUUCGCUCCAGGUGGAAGACGCCCCUAAAACACUGAUCUGUGUUCUGCUUAUACUCUACCCAAUCUUAACCUUGAUCUAAUAGGUUAAAGUAAAAAAGGACCUUUAGUUGAGAGCUUGGGGGAAACGUCACCCAUGAAUUUGCCCGUCUGUCUGUCUUAAUGUAACAGGAAUAUUAUGUUUUUAAGAAAAAAAAAUCAAAAAAUUACCAAACAGAAACCAAUUUUUUUUUUUUUAAACAACUGUUCAUACCUCAGACAAUGAAGUUGGAAACGGAAUGAAAAUGAGUUGUGGUUCACAUGCGUGAAUAGCCAGCCGCCGCAUCGUACGCUCACAUCGUUUGUGUGAAGCUUCUUGACAGGAACUGUAUAUAAAACGACACGAUCUUAAAUUCAAGCGGUAUUUUAGGCUUUUGACAUCAUGCAGUUUCUCACAACCACUUAAUCCAAUAGGCUCAGACUCACAGGAUCAGGAGAUGUUUAGGUGAGGUUCCCUCUACAUAGUGUGUAUUGGGAUGUUAUGUCCUGGCUCAGUAUUAAAUGUAGCUCAACAAGAUCUAUGUCUAUAACUCUUGUUUAUGUCCCUCAUUACUGCCUAACCAAGCCUGGUCCCAUAUCAGGUUGUCUUGUAAACUCCUAUCAUUAUCACAGUUGGCAAGAUGGAACAAACUGGUCUGGAGGCAGGCUAUGUCAGUACCCCUGUAACGCUAGACAAAUAAUAUAGACAUUGCUGCUCUGCAGAAUGCGAUAGUGGCUCUUGCGCUCAGACACUCACCAAUCAAUUGUUUUUGGUUUCAUAGGUUGACAACAACAAAACAUACAUCGAGAGAUGGUGGCAUCCCAGAGCUCUUUAUUUGUGUUGUUAAAAAGUGACUUACUUACGUCAAGUUGUUAAUGUCCAGUUUCUUACUCGGGUACGUUUCCCUUCCUCAACCUGCUCUUGAGCCAAUUAUUUUUCUGAAAUCGGCCAUUUAACUAUGUGCUUGCUCUUCUCUCAGCUUACCUUCAUGAACACUGAUCUGAAAGGACCAGAUAAGUGAAAGCAGUCUGGUAACUCAUCCAUUUCCUGUCCAUUUCCAGUGGUAACCAUUAGUCAAGUAGGGUAUAUAGAAUGGGAGGUUGUGGGUUAGCAGGGAGCGAACACUGUAUAGGCAGAGGGAGCAGUCCAUGAACUACUCCUGUUUUUCUCAAUCCUGGUCUUUGGGUUGGCAAGGGUAUUGCCCCUAUUAUUGCUGACAAGUGAAUGACCCUCUUGAGUUUUUUCAGUUGAACAGUUAUCUGCUCUUCCCUCCAGUUGAAUGGUGUACUGUAGAGCAUGUCUGAUUUGGAGAUGGGAUGGGGAGGUUUCUAUACUCAACUCAAGGACCAGGGAUGGGGAGGCUUCUAUACUCAACUCAAGGACCAGGGAUGGGGAGGUUUCUAUACUCAACUCAAGGACCAGGGAUGGGGAGGUUUCUAUACUCAACUCAAGGACCAGGGAUGGGGAGGUUUCUAUACUCAACUCAAGGACCAGGGAUGGGGAGGUUUCUAUACUCAACUCAAGGACCAGGAUUGGGGGAACCAUUUUUAUGCAGCAUAUUGGUUCUGAUUAAAAAUGAAAAACGCCUGCAAUUUCCAAUGAGACAAACUGUGUAGAUGUGUUAACAAAUUCACUCAGGUCUGACUCUAUGUUAUGUAGAGGGGUGAACGGAGGCUACAGAAUGUUGUGUUUGUGGGAUGUGGUUGUGACCACUUGUUACAUUGCUCCUAGACAUAAAUGUGAUUUCACUGGCUUUUUAUACACCCCCCUUCCCCCCAGCACAUUGUAUUCAAACAUGCCAUAUGUCGCGCCAAAAGGUGACAAAUAGUCUUAAUUAUUAGCGAUGAUGCCUGAAAUUCCCCAGGUAGAUCCAAAAUGGAAGUCCAUUCUGAAUGUCACUUUGGAUACCGUAGAAGGCAUGACUGAAAUAUGGUGACAGGGGCAUUUGGAAGGUCCCAUCAGCAAAGGUAUCACGUAUAGACACGCCAGGCGAUCUAAAGUAUAGGCCAAUCUAUUUUCAGAGAAUUUAUCCUCGUAAAAGACAAGUAAAAUAAGACCACUGGAGCCUGCACACAGACCCAUGCACAGGUGCACACUUUCACAUGCAGUCAUUGUGGAGUGGAAAGCAGCAGCAGGAGGUGGUUGAACUCAGGUAUAUAAGAAAACGAUGACCUUUUCACUUUAAUAAAUGAUUAUUUAGACUCAAACCAUUGUUCCUUCACGCGUCUUUGACUGUCUGUGUUUGUGCCUUGUCUUGGGCAGAUGAGAGGUAAGUGGGUGUGGCUGUGACAGUGUUGAAUGCUGAUCAAUCUAGUGUCGCGAUUGGCUCAAACUGGGGUAAACAACUUUUAUACUCUUUUUGUCAUAUUGACGCAGUAAACUCUGUCUCAAUGCAGUAUCAGAUCUCCAAACCCUGGUCCAUAAAUGUCCAAUUUCAAUGGUUAAAUAUGCAUUCAAUCUGAAUGUUUAUGUUAAGAAUUGGUCUGCCUGUGCUAAUUGAAUAGCCUGCGUACAUAAAUCAUAGUCUUGUGAUUUCAGUCUACUGACAGGGUGACGAAAAAGAGGAAACCCGCACACUGCUCUUCCUGGUAUCACUGCUCUUCCUGGUAUCACUGCACUUCCUGGUAUCACUGCACUUCCUGGUAUCACUGCUCUUUAUUAAGCUUUACUUAUAGGCCUCGAGGCAUUUGUCACCUCUGACGAAGGUCGAUACGUAAAAGCUUAAUAAAUAAAGAGCCGUGUGCGGUCAAAAAAAAAAUGUUUUCCUCUCAUCUUAUUAAAUCGUUGCCAUGCACCUCCAACAAAGAUAGCUCAGAUGUGCGAGUGCCUUUUUGAAUUUUGAGUCUACUGACCGGGAACAAAGGAUUUUGUUUUCACCUAAGUGAUCAUGAAAGGCCGGGGGUUCGGGAUCAGGAAAAUCUGCUUCAAUUGACAUGUUAUUGGUGUCAUUUAUUUAGGCAGUGUGGAGUCCCAUUUUGAGAACAAGGUGUCUUUUCCAAGGCAGCCCUGCAUGACGAGCAAUUACACAAUCAAGGCAGCAUAGGAAAUAUACAAAGAAUCAAAAUAUUUUUUAAAUGUCAUAAUUCAGAGGCACAAACUCCCCAAUGAUGAAGUUAGUGAAUCCUGGGCUGGGCUUCUGGGAAUAGCUUCACUCACGGUUAAUGGCAGAUGCGCUCCGCUGGUCUCUCAAUAUUGGUAGCCUAACUACAGACCGAUUUUAGUCUCUUCUCUUUUCAGCCAUAACCAUUUGAUUUCAAAACUGUUCUGAAAUAUAAGGCCAAUGUGACGCUGCGGCUGUCAGGAAACAGCAGCUGAAAACCAGCGGUUUGAUAUUAAGCACACGGCUACGCUUGUGAUUAAAGCAAUUCACAGCUAUUUUUUUUAAAGAAGAUAUUGAUCCUAUGUGGCUACAUUAUCCUCUUUGGUGUAGUAUUUUGAAUAAUUGUAUUUAUUUAGGCCUAUGUACAAACAGGACUAUUUGUUUCAUUUUGGUUAGUUGAAUAAUUAUUUGAUUUUGGAAAUGUACCAGUUGAUGCUGCAGCACGUUCAGCACUCCUACGUCCCAGGCAAUUGGGCUGCCUGGGCACAAAACAGGAGAUGCUGUUUCAAAAAUCGAGGUAGCCUAAUAGAAUGGCUGUUCUAAUUAGAGUUCUCAUUUUGGUUUUCCCUUAGACAAAGGUUUUGAUAGUGAAUGUGACCGUAGGUUGUCGGGUUAUAAAACCGCAAUUUUAGCUCAAGUGAAAGCACUGGGUGCUUCUGUAAACUGGUCAUCUGUAUGCCGGUCGCAAGACCGGCGGUUGCGUAUUUGUUGUGUUUCUGGGGGAGUGUGUGACUCCCCCAGAAACACAACAUCAUGCAGUAAUCAGGGUUUCACAGCCUAGGUCCUACAAGUAUUACAGUUAUUUAAACGUUACUGUUGUUAACCCAUGUGGCUAUAAUGUGCCAAGGUUCUUAGUCAAAAUAAAAAUUCAGGGGUUUUGUCAGAGACUGAAAUGUAAAAAAAUGUUUGUUUUUUUAAAUUAAGUAUCAAAUUGAAUUGUACAAGCAGUGUACUGCUACGACACCAACACACACGACAAUUCAGUUAAUGUGAUUGCUGUCACCAGCUGCUCAAGCCAGUAUUCUGUUCACGUUGCAUAUGUUCUAUUGAUGGAGGGUAUUAUCUUAUGUCCGAUAUGUGUUGGGCUGACUGGUCCAAACAAUCAACCAGCACAGUUGUAAAAAAAAAAAAGGGUUUUGAGAUUGUGUUCAUUGUUUUAAAAUGAUAUAUUUGUAUGGUAGUUGGGGCUAGUCUAUUCGCAAUAUAUUUAUCUAAUAAAGAGUAUGUAUUUCUGUCUUGA